UAUUUAUUCUGUUGAUGCUCUUUUUAUUAGAAACAAAACAAAAACAAAAAAUUAACUUGAAAUUUGAUUGAAUGAAGAGAUUUUUUUCUCCCAUUCGUAAAUGAAUCUCCAUUUAUUAGCUACUUUUGAGGCUAUUUUUAUUAUAAUGCUGAUUGUUAUCACUUGGCGACAAGAUUCAAUCAAAUUGUUCAAGUGUUCAAGAGAUCGUUCGAAAAUUGUACGAGAUGUUAUUUACAAGAAAUUUAUUCCAAUAUUCACACGUCAUGAAACAAAUUUAUCCUAUGAAUGUCCAUUUCAUCCGGAUAGAGAAUUUCUUUGGUGGCCAAUGUAUGGUCACUAUGAUGACGAUAAUGAUGAUGAUGAUGAUAAUGAAGUAGAUAAUCAUCAUUCACGUUGGACUUGUCCAAUUUGUGGUGUAGAUUUUCAAUGUUCAAAGCGUUUAAUUUUUCAUUGGGAUACUGAACAUCGUUAUUCUCGACCAUAUAGAGAAGAUUUCGUAUGUUUAGCCGAUUAUUGUGAAAUAUUUCGAUGUGAUAUCAUUCUAAAAAGAACAUUACAAAACCGAAAAAGAUUUCUUAAUUAUUUAUCAUUUGAAAAAAAUUCCGAUAUAAAAAUUGGCCAAUGUGAUUCGGCCAAUAUGGCCAUCCUACAAGAGAUGUGCCUGAAUGUAAUACAACAAUGUAUGAUCAGUAUCGAGAAUAAUAUCUCAACAAGUCAAACAUUACGAUCGUUACGUAAAGAACUAAGCGAUUCGUUUUGUUCCUACCUCACCUGUGAACAUUAUCACGAUGAUCUAUUUACUGAUGAUGAUGGCACAAUUUCUCGUAAAGUGCCGAUAAUUUUAUUUACAAUUGUUGGAUUCAUUAUGUUCAUCGGAUUUAUUCUAGUCUAUUAUUUUAUCUGGAAUGUUUUCAAUCGAAGCAUAGUUAACAAUAAUGAUAAUGAAACGAAUAAAACUUUGGAUAAAUUGGAUCAACAAAAUUACGAUAAUAAUACGAGCUUUGCAUUAAAGACAAAAAAAGAAAACUCUAAAAAAUCUUUAAAACAAACAAAUAUUAAUAAUUAUAAUCAUCUUCACAAUAAAAAACAAUCAAUGUCCUCCUCCUCAUCUAAUAAAUUUUUUGAAAAUAUUUUCGAGUUUAAUCAGGAAAAAUAUGAUGAUUCAUUUGAAUUCAAUGAUUUAGAACAGAAUCAAGUGUCUAAAUUUAAAGCAAAACUUCAUGCGAUAAAUAGCAUAAUUGAAGAAGAAGAAGAAGAAAGUGAAUUUGAUAUAAGUGUACAUUCAUAUCCGAAUAUUAAUCGUAAAAUUUUUCGACGCAAUCAACGUAAAAUUAAGCUGCCAAUGAAAGAAAAAGAUGCGAAACAUUCAUCACAAGAGAUUUGCUUCCAAGAGUUGCCCAUGAAAUUUCAUCCAAAAUAUGUUCAACCAAUUAAGCAAUUGUAUUCAGAUCAAUAUCCGUGUAACAAUGAUUCAAUGUCCGAUUCAUUUGCCAAGUUAUCCAAUAAAUCUCGUUCAUUUUCGCAUACACAUUUACGCAAUGUUCAUAAUAACAAUUUGUCAUCCAGAAUGUUUAGCAAAAAUCCUAGACGACAAUAUUCAGUGGAUGAAGUGGAAUGGGAACAACCAUUACCUCCAAGAAAUUAUCAACAAUCACAUUCUAAUCCUUUAUUACAACAAUUAUCGCAUUCAAAUGCUCAGCCAAUUUAUUCAAAUAAACAAAUCAAUCCAAUAUCAUCAUCAUCAUUGCCCUUAACAUCAAGAUAUAAAUUUUCUGAAUGUAAUGGACCUUCACGUCAUAGGCCAAUAUCAAAAUCAGCAAUGUCAUAUCAUAUGAUGCAUCCGGCUAAACGAAGAGAAUUGUAUGCUGCUUCAAAAACAAAUAGCGAUGCAAGUAUCGGUUCAUGUAGUAGCCGAUGUAGUAAUCCAACUUUUUUCAAAAAUUGAUUAAUAUUUUAUGUCGAACAAUGACUUGAAAUUAAUCAUUAAUGAGCAUAAUAAAUUUCAAAUCUUUGAUAUCGACACUGACAUUGAACAU